AUGAUUUUCUUACGUAACGCUUUACGUUGGCAGAUCACAUAUUAUGGGAACAUCUCACAAGCAACAGGAGAAGAUUGGUCGAAUUCUCCGCUGGUUGUGAUUGGUAUCAUUGACGUCAUUCCGCAGUUCAUUCAUCAGUGCGUACCGUCAAAAAAUCCGAACUGUUUUUUAAUAGCUUUCGCAAUAAAUUCAUCUUUGUUUCCAUUAUUGGCGGGUGAUGCUGCUGUCUACCUUAACAACAGCUUUGUUGCAAAGACGAAGGUUAAAAAUGUGUCCUUCACCUGCUGUCUCGGAGUCGAUCCAGCUCUUAAUGUCGACUACAAGCCUGUUAAGAAGUACCAUGAGCAGGUCGGCCUAAUCAGUAAAAUCUCAUCGACCGUUUAUGAAAAAGUCAUUGUCGUAAGGAAUUCACGUAGAGAUUCAGUACUACUGACUAUCAAAGAACAGAUUCCAUGCAGCACUGAUGAGAAGAUUAAGGUAAGAAUGGAAGGUAGUAAGUUGGAUAAUGGCAUUCUUGAGUGGACAGUCGUCAUUCAUAGUGGGAAAUCUACUGAACUACAUGUGAAGUGGGCCAUAGAGCACCCCAAGGACGAAAUUGUCCGCAUUGUAGAGCGCCGUUAA